GCCUAAAAGCAGUCAUUGGCUGACGCCAUGGAAACGACGCGGAAGUGUGGCGUUACCAGCUCGGCUAACAUGCUAUAUACUAGCACAAUAUAUGCUCAUUCUUUAUAACAUUAACGCCUCCGAAGUGUUCUAUAACAAACUUAGAGGUAUAUAUAUAUUUAAUGCUUGAAACCAACCAUUCUUCGAGUUACCUUGUUCUCGUCGCGCAGUCAGUCAAAGUUAGCUGCUUCGCUAAAGCUUCUCCGACCCCGCUGAUGAAAUGAUAAAAGCUAAAAUACUUCUAAUUGGUCCAAACGAGAGUGGGAAAAGUGUCCUCGCAAACUUCCUCUCAGAUGCAACGGAAAAUGUGGGAGGUGAAUACAGACCCACUCAAGCAGUCAGGAUACUGGAAUUUGAAUCCCAACUGGAAGGUAGCGGUGACAUGAAGUCAUGCGAAGUGGAGCUGUGGGACUGUUCCGGAGAUUUCAAAUUUGAGUCGUGCUGGCCUGCGCUCAUGAAGGACUGCAGCGGCGUGGUGGUGGUUUUUAAUCCCGAAAUUCCUAAUCAUAUCAAAGAAAUCGAGUCCUGGCACUCCAUGUUCAUCUCCUCUCAGGGGUUGCAGGACAGCCAGUGUCUGCUCGUCGCUCACCACAAGCCCGGCAGUACAGCAGAAGAAGGUCGGCUGGCUUUAGCGUCACAACUGAGCAGACUUCCACUUAUUCACUCUGAUGUGGAGGAAGAACCGGAGGACGUGAGGAGAGCUUUCUGCAGCUAUUUUGGAAAAGUUGUAAAUACACUUUCGGAAAGCCGCGAGAGGGAGGAGAUGUCUAUCAUCACCUAGCAGCAUAUUCAAUCCAACCACUUUUUUCCUUUCAACUUUAACGACCUGUCCAAAAACUGUUUUUUGAUUGAUUGAUACUUUUAUUAGUAGAUUGCACAGUACAGUACAUAUUCCGUACAAUUGACCACUAAAUGGUAACACCCCAAUAAGUUUUUCAACUUGUUUAAGUCGGGGUCCACGUUAAUCAAUUCAUGGUACAAAUAUAUACUAUCAACAUAAUACAGUCAUCACACAAGUUAAUCAUCAUAGUAAGUACAUUGAAUUAUUUACAUUAUUUACAAUCCGGGGGGUGGGUGGGGAGCUUUGGUUGAUAUCAGAACUUCAGUCAUCAACAAUUGCAUCAACAGAGAAAUGUGGACAUUGAAACAGUGUAGGUCUUAUUUAGUAGGAUAUGUACAGCCAGCAGAGAACAUAGUGAGUUCACAUAGCAUAAGAACAAGUAUAUACAUUAGAAGUACAUUUGAGUUGUUUAUAAUCCGGGGAGAUGGGAUGUGAAUGGAGGAGGGUAUUAGUAAAGUGUUGAAGUUGCCUGGAGGUGUUGUUUUAGAGCGGUUUUGAAGGAAUAUAGAGAUGCACUUACUUUUAUACCUGUUGGGAGUGCAUUCCACAUUGAUGUGGCAUAGAAAGAGAAUGAGUUAAGACCUUUGUUAGAUCGAAAUCUGGGUUUAACGUGGUUUGUGGAGCUCCCCCUGGUGUUGUGGUUAUGGCGGUCAUUUACGUUAAGGAAGUAGUUUGACAUGUACUUCGGGAUCAAGGAGGUGUAGCGGAUUUUAUAGACUAGGCUCAGUGCAAGUUGUUUUACUCUGUCCUCCACCCUGAGCCAGCCCACUUUGGAGAAGUGGGUUGGAUUGAGGUGUGAUCUGGGGUGGAGGUCUAAAAGUAACCGGAUUAGCUUAUUCUGGGAUGUUUGGAGUCGAGAUUUGAGGGUUUUGGAGGCGCUGGGGUAUGCUUAUGGUUUUAUGUUCAUUCACAGUUUACAAGCCUUGCACAGAGAAAUACUAAGUAUGAAUAAAUGUUCAAGAUACAGGACUGUACAUGCUUUCAAAAACAUUUGUUUUUAUGAUCUGCAGUAAACUGUUACGUCUCUGCGGCAUGGUAGCGGUAGUUGUGCGGAGACAGGAGACAACGUGCAGGUAAGAGUAUUUAAUGAUCACCAAAAAUGAUUAACGGGAGUGGCCACCGCUGCUACCCACUGCUUCCCUCACCUCCCAGGGGGUAGGGGUAAUGGGUCAAAUGCAGAGAAUAAUUUGGCCAACACCUAGUGUGUGUGUGUGACAAUCAUUGCUACUUUAACUUAAACUUUUUCAUUUAAAAAAAUAUAUUGCAGCAGGGAAGUUCAUAGAAAGCACAAGCAAACUGCGUGUAAAGCAAAAUGAGCCGUAACAAAUACUAAGCAAUCAAUGAAAGCAUACCAACACAAGAGAGCAGCAAGAGGCAGGUGAAGCUGGCAUAGAAACCCUCUUGAUUAGGGAUCAGGGACAGGUGAGUACAAUGACUGACAAUCAAGACCAGGUGAGGGGAAACAGCAUUCAGGGACAGGUAUUAAGUCACUGCCAGGCAAAACACAAAACAGGGCGUCGAAAAUAGAAAAAAUGAGUGACUGAAGAGGACAGUCAAUCAAUCAAAUAAUCAAUGUUGAUUUAAAUAGCCCUAAAUCACAAGUGUCUCAAAGGGCUGCACAAACUUCUACGACAUCCUCGGUAGAGCCCAUACCAAACGUGACAAUGGCAUGAUAUGUAAUAAUCCUCUUCACAAUACCUCCAUAAAGUACUUGAGUACCCAAACAAACAAGUGAACAUCCCCACAAGUAAUUCAAUAAAAUUACUCUUAAGUUGA